AGCCGAUUUCACUCGGUGGAGAAACGAGACCAGAGGAACAAGUGAAGAAGUGAAAGAGGAGAAAAAGAAGCCGUGAAGCGCGACGGGAAACGAGGACAGGAAGCUGAAGAACUUUAUGAUGUUGAGGUUUAGCUUCUCCCAAUGAUGUGAAUCGUGAUCCAGGCCCCGCUCACACCUCCAACAUGGCUGACAGCAACCUCUCCGGUCCACCUCCUCCCGCUCUGUCUGCACCUUCUCAUCUCAAUGGGAGCAUUGGGGGGACAGCACCCAAACACUCUCCACCCCUCCACCAUAAUGGCAGCCUGGAGGCCAGACCAAGAUGCCAGAGUCCCAGCAGCACCAGUACUGUUCCCCAGCCUCAGUCUGCAUCCAGCAGCAGGACCUCAGCAUCCACCUCACCCCUCAGGACUCCUGUACCAGGUCCUGGUUCUGAAGACAGCUCCACCAGGCCCCGGUUUCAGAGCUUCACCUCUGCUCUGAGCUCCAGGACCAGAUCCACUACUUCCAGGACCAAGCGUAGAAGCAGCCAGCAGGAGGAGCCAGAGGCCUUGUUGGACCUGAUCCUGGAGUGUCAGGGCCAGAGACUGGAGGACCAGAGAGCCAGCCUCAGCCUGCUGCCUGACCCAGGACCAGCUGCUCUUUGUGGGGCCUGCAGCCCCGACCAGCCCAGCCGGCCCACUCUGGACUUCUACUGCAUGCUCAUACACUACCAGUCCGACAGGAUGGAGGACCAGAGGUGCUCCCUUCCUGAUCUGGAUGAUGUGGUUGGUUCGGUUCCUGAAGGUCAGGAGGACUUCCUCAGUUUGAUCCAGAGAGUCCAGUCCAGGAGGAUGGACGAGCAGAGAGCCCCGCUGCCGCUGACACACACUGAAGACGAGCACGACCCACACAUCAACACGUACACCGCUGGCUCCUCCCCCCGCCACCAUCAUCAUCGUCACUGAUGAAGAGCAGAGUCUGUCCGAGGUCUUCAGAACCCCACGGGGACACGAUUUUACUGAGUACUAAUACUCUUUAAAGACUACAAAUGCUGUACUGUCACCGUGUGUCGGAUCACGUCAUCAGGACAGGAUUUAGACUGGAACCAGAACCCAGACUGCAUUGAUGUGGAAACCCUGAUGACACAUGUUGACUCCACAAAGCAAACAGAAGGUCUGACCUGAGCCCAGUGGGCUCCAGCUGCUGCUGGCCCCUCAGUUUGUUUUUGGUGCUCCUGACCACAGCAGUUAAAGGUUCCCUGAGGAGCGUGUAACCUCUCAUUGCGCUCCGGCUCAACGUUCAGCCCUCUUUGUGACUGUACGGCAGCUUUUCUAUAAAACUGCAUUCUGUGGGAUGAAAUUGUGGGAAAAGUGAAAGCAUCAAAGGUAGAUGUGGUAUUUUAUGGUUGAAUCAUUAACCAGUCCCUCCGCCUGAGCCUGACCCUGAGCCUGACCCUGAGCCUGACCCUGACUCUGACCCUGAGCCUGACCCUGACUCUGACCCUGACUCUGACCCUGAGCCUGACCCUGAGCCUGACCCUGAGCCUGACCCUGACUCUGACCCUGACUCUGACCCUGAGCCUGACCCUGAGCCUGACCCUGACUCUGACCCUGAGCCUGACCCUGACCCUGACCCUGAGCCUGAGCCUGCAUGUUUAACCCAGGUGAGCGGAUGCAGCAGCCUGUGUCUCAGAGUCCCUCUGACGUCCUCCAUGUGUUUCUGACGUUCUGUUUGUCAGGAGACGACCACGAUACUGCACGUCCUGCAGAACAAGAAGAUGGAUCUGGAUCCUGGUCUUCACGGCCCUUUGCUGUUGUAGUUGCAGGUACAUGUGAGACGUUGGUAUCAGACGUCUGCUUCUGAACGAGGAGGUGAGUUUGCUGCUGUGGGACAGCAGAGAAGAGAGGUCAGAUCCUGGAGCAGCUGAAUGUUGGCAGAAACAGCUGAGAGCUUCACAAACCUCUCCAAUAAACGCAGGAUCAAAAUAUCUUUACUGAUGUUUUAAGAGGCAGGAAAUAAUCCAGCUGGUGUGUCUAUGAAAGAACCAUGUGGUCCAGGUUUAAUUCUCUACAGGAGGAAAUCGUAGCGUCUCCGUCUGACUGACUGUAAAGGAUCCUUUCUGUGUUUUAAACCUGUUUGCACAUGUAGGUGCUGAAAGGACUCGUAGAUACAGCGAGUUUUGAGCCUGUGCGCUCAAUGCUUCAGCCGGCAGCUGCAGCGUAUUCUCUUCAGACGGUGACACCAGGACAGCUUCAGGGAGAGGAUCCCGUGGCUGUUUUUUGAUUGUAUGUAUCUUUGUUUCAAUUUAAUAUUCAAGUCGCCCGGUCUCUGAUUUUGAUUGGCAACGCCUUUCCGACUACAGGCAUUACACUUGCUCAGCGCAGUGAGUGAAGGAGAGUCUGACGGUGGGCGCUGAGCGAUGUGUCCUGGGCUGAUUCUGCCUCUGACAUUAUCUGACAGCGAUCCACUUGUAUGAAGUAAACAUGCAUAAAAGCCGCUGCUUGUAGCUUUUGUGUUGAUACAUGAUCCUCAAAUCUAAUGCUGCAGUAGUCUAGUUUUUCCCUGUGAGAGAGCGUGCGGCUCCCUCCUGUGCUUUUUGACCAGCUAUAACUUUUCCAAUGCUGUGUAUUUUUUAGCAAAAGUGAUUAAUUAUACAUUUUUCCGUUGGAUAAAAAUCUACUAUGAAUUUUGGAAUUGAUAAUUGUUUCUUUCGAAUAAAUAGCCUACUUUUAUUUGGACUUUCAAACUUUUGUAGCUCUGUGUUACUCUCUGGAUGCCCGAUGGAGUCCGAACAAACAGGCAGAACAGAAGCUGUGUUUAGAAUAUAACUCGGCUAUAACAGCGGCGAGUGGAUGACAUCAAAAGAGCCGCCGCAUGUGAACGUGUCCUUCACAGAUGAAUAAGAAGAAGAAUAAAACAGAAUAAAUAUUCUGCCUGAAAUGUGGGGAUGUUGUUUAUAGGAAAUGCACAGCUGAAUGUUUCCCAAAGCAGAAAGAAAUAAUCACAAAAUCACUGCGUUUCUAUAGCGGGUAAAUUUUACCCUCUAUGGCGGUUCUAGUUUUAAACUCAUCAGGCGACCCCUCAGGGUCCUGGACCUCAUGUUGAGGAACGCUGCUGCGAGUUAACCUGUAGAAAGCAUGAAUCCUCCCGCCGUCUGAGAUCCUCCAUCAGAACCAGGACUGGUCCAGACCUGAACCAGGACCAACCUUUUAACACCUUCACGUACAGAAGAACAAAUAAAAACACAAACUGAACUUUGAAUCUUUGUUUUUGACUGAAUCUGCAAACAAAAUGUUAAAAUGUUAUCAGAGGUAUUUAUAUUAUCUGUUACCUCUGACCUUACAGAUACUUUGCUGUUUGUAUACGAAGUACUACUUCAAGUACUAAAUACAGCGGUACACAGAUCCUGUACUUGUCCUGUAGAAGUACAGAUGAUCUUACUAAAUAUUACUCCACUAAAAGUAGAAGGCAAUUUAAAUUUGUACUUGAGUCAGAGUACAACAGUACCUGCUUUAAAAAAUACUUUGUGUGGUACCAUGAGUCCAUGUUGCUGAGCUGACAAACAGAAUUUAAAAACCUUCAUCGAAAUAGUUUAAUUUAAUUUCUGUCAGUCGGCUAAAGCACUGCUGUACUUCAUAAAACCUCUUUGUGUGUAAAGUAACUGAAGCUGUCGGAUAAGUCGGUGCAGCUGGAGAGGGAGGACGGGACAACAGCUUUAGAUGUGGAUUUUACAAUAUCAGAAUAAUAUCUCUGCUAGACAGGGGAUGUCCAGCCCCAGGACAAGACCGCUUAUGUUCCGACAGCUGCCAGUAGAGUCAGCUAGUGCUAAGACUAAGGAAUAAUAUGUUGGGAAAAGUGCAGUUUUA